AUGGAGGAGAGCCCAAGGAAGAAAAGUGGAGGGGGACAGGUGCUGGACGGUUCGAAUAUAAUGGAGUUGGUUGGGAACAAGGAGGUGUUCAGUAGUUUUGUGGAGCAUAAGUUUAAGGAGCUGGAUAGAGACAGAGAUGGUGAGCUCUCUGUGAAGGAGCUUCAGCCUGCUGUUGCUGAUAUUGGCGCUGCUCUUGGCUUGCCUGCACAGGGCUCUUCCCCUGACUCUGAUCACAUCUAUUCUGAGGUGUUGAAUGAGUUCACUCAUGGAAAACAACAAAAAGUGAGCAAGACUGAGUUCAAAGAGGUUCUUUCAGAUAUUCUGUUAGGCAUGGCUGCUGGUUUGAAGCGAGACCCUAUUGUGAUCCUCCGUAUUGAUGGAGAAGAUCUCGAAGAAUUCAUCAAUGGGCCAACUUUUGAACCAGAGAUGGUAGCCUCGUAUUCUGAGAUAAACUCAGUUGAUGGAAGUGGAAGCCUCCGUGACUAUAUAGCCAAGGCUUUGGCAAAACUCACCGUUGAGCAAGGGAUGCCCCCUUCAUCAGAUCCUUGGGUUAUUAGCAAUAUCGUGGAACCUGCUCUGCAAUCAUGCACUGGCCAUGAUUUGGACAAGCCUGUAUCUCAAGAAACGUUCAUAGAGGAGUUUAAGAAAGUGGCAGAAACCGUGGCUCAACACCUUAAGGAGCAGCAUGUGAUUGUAGCCCACAGUGAAAAUGACUUUGAUGGAAGUGGCAUUAAGAGACUGUUGUCCAACAAGUUUGAAUUUGACAAGACACUGAAUGCAGCUAUUGAAAAUGUGUCAAAAGAUCGCAGUGGGAAACUGUCCAAGGAAUAUUUGCGUGUGGCGCUGGAUUUAGUGGGUCCAACUGCUGGUCUGCCACCACUUGGUGCAGUUGAGCAGAUGGACAAGGUUGUGCAGGACGCGUUCAACUUGGUGAAUGCAGAUGAUGGAAAGCUGCUCAAAGAAGACGAGUUCAAAAAGAUAUUGACUGAAAUCCUGGGGAGCAUCAUGUUGCAAUUGGAGGGAAAUCCUAUCUCAGUUUACUCAAAUUCAGUUGUGCAUGAGCCCCUUGCCUCCUCUUCUACACUAUUGCAGCCAUCGUCCGAGUUAUAG